CUCGAUCCUCCUGUUGAAGACCAGAUCACAUAGCGUUAGUUGAAAGCUAAUCGACCACAUUUUUUAAAUCCGUUCUAAAUACGCAGUUAACUUAAGAUCGUUUACUGUGUCUGAUUCUAAAGGACGCUAUUAAAUCCAGAUUCUUUCAGAUAUUGUUUUCUCUUCGUUCCUGGAGAAGACAGUGAGCCAUGUACAAUGGGAUUGGCCUGACGACUCCUCGAGGCAGUGGCACAAAUGGCUAUGUGCAACGCAACCUGUCAAGCCUGCGUGUCAAACGGCCGCGGGAUGAGCGUAGUGGCGAGCGGGAUGAAAAGGAUCGAGAGAGGCUGGAGAGUCAGCUCAAUAGGCAGCCCAAUGCUGAAAUCUUGGAACACCAGCGGAAGAGGCAGCUGGAGGUCAAGUGUGCUGAGCUGCAAGACAUGAUGGAGGAGCAAGGGUAUUCUGCUGAGGAGAUUGAGGAGAAGGUGAACAGUUUCCGCAUGAUGCUGCAGGAGAAGCAGGAGCCAACUCCUGCAACCACUGAGAGACCAGUGGUGACCGAGACUCAUGCCCUGGCUGCAGCCAACCAGCAAAAGAAUGACCGUCUUCGUGCUGCCUUUGGUAUUGCCAGCGACUAUGUGGAUGGAUCAUCCUUCCAUGCUGACCGCAAGGAGAGAGAGAAGGAGAAGAGAGAGCAGGAACACCUGGAAAGGGAGAGGCAGCUGCAGCAACAAAAAUAUAUGUUAGUGGAAGAUUCUGACGAGUCAGGUUCUCCUCCCAAGAAGCGCAGUCGGAAGAAGAAAAAGAGAAACAAGAAUAGGGAGAGCAGCUCAGAGAGUCCCUCCCUAUCUCCUCAAAGAGAGAAGAAGAAAUCCAAAAAGAAGAAAAAGAAACGUGAGGCAUCAGAAGAGGAGGAAGAAGACAGUUUUUCAGAUGAAAAACAGAAGGUGUCAAGGAAGAAAAGACAACAGAGCAAAAGUGUGAGUCCUCCAAAAGCAAAGGUGGCCCAACACAGGAGUGUUUCCUCCAGCUCUGCUCACAGCCAGUCUCCAGCUCCAGUGAAGUCACAUCAACGGGACCAAACUGCUAGAAAUGCCACCAAUGAGGGAAGAAUGGGGAGAUCACCAGACAGGAGGAGACGGGGCUAUGAGGAACAUAGCCCAUAUCAUCAGGGGGGUGAAGGGAAGAGGCUCAAUAUUGAGAGAGAAAAAGGCCGACUGAGUGAGACACAGAAGACCUUCACCAAGAAGAGACAUGACUCUUCGUCCCCUUCUCCACCAUCACAAACAGAAAAAAGCAGGGGCAGGGAGAAAGGAAGGAGAUCCAGAAGCAGACAGAAGGAAAGUGAGAAAGGGAGGCAUUCAAGAAGUAAAGAAAAGGAGGGAGAUAGAGGAAGACGCUCCAGGAGUAGACAGAUGGAGAAAAGAAGGCGCUCCAGGAGCAGAGACUUGGAGAAGGGGAGGCGCUCCAGGAGCAGGGACGUGGAGAAGGGGAGGCGCUCCAGGAGCAGGGACGUGGAGAAGGGGAGGCGCUCAAGAAGUAGAGAAAAGAGGGACAAAGGAAGGGAGAGCAUUCUUCAAAGGAUGAGACAUGACUCCUCCUCAUCUCCUUCUCCUCCACCUAAACAGGAGACUAGGAGGGAAAGGAGCAGAGAUGCUGAAUGGGAAAAAGACAGGAAUAAACAGGACAAAAAGACAAGACAUGACUCCUCCUCCCCCUCACCUGUCCAUGAAAAGGAGAGGAGUGAGGGGACGGGGCACAGGACAGAGAGAGGUCUACACUCAAGAAUACCAAAUGAAAGGGACAAUAGGAAAGACACUGGGAAGAGACAGGAGAUGUCCCCUCGCCAACAUAAAAAUGACAGGAGAAGAGAAAAAUCCCUGUCCCCUGCAUCUCGCUCCCCUAUCACCAGUGGGCGUCAAAGAGAAAGGGAUGACGAGAACAUUAGAGAAAAAAACAGGGAGAGUGCUAAGGAGAAAGCCAGACAUCCGAACAAGCAGAGUGAACAAAGCAGAGAGCGAAGUCAAGAGCGUGGCAGAAAGGAAGAUGAGGUUGUCCGAUCAUCUGUAGAAAGUAGUCAAGAUGGCUUGAGAUCUGCGGAGAAAGGCAGGCAUGAAAGACCAGAUGUGAAUGACAAGCAGCAGAAGACGAGAAGUUCACCAAGUAAGGAGAAAACUGGUGAAAAGGCAAAACGGGCUGAGAAAAGAAAAGAGAGCAGCAGCAGCAGCAGCAGCAGCAGCAGCAGCAGUAGCAGCAGCGAUAGUGACAGUGAUAGCUCCUCCUCCUCUUCCUCCUCCUCCUCUUCAUCCUCCUCUGUGUCCUCAUCCUCUAAAGAUAAAGGCACAGUGAGGAAGGCUGGGUCAGCAGGGAGGGAAAAAAGUAGCCCCACAAAAAGUGCACCUUCUGCCAUUGGGGCUGCAGUUCAAAGGUAUUUAGGCAAUGGUAGAAAGGAAAGCUCUGCCUCCACUUCUCAGGGGGAUGGAUGCAGGACAUCCCAGAAGGAUAGAGAAAGUGGAGGUGAGAAACAUGAGAGAGAAAAACUUUCUCAAAGAGCUCCUGCAGAGAAUUGCAUGCCCCAGACAAAAGGUCAGGAGCGAUACACCCCCACACAGAUGGACAGCCCCAGCCCACCUACUUCCCCACCCAAUAGAGUGCAAGCCAGUAGAGGCAGCAACAUGUACUCUUCCCCUGAGCCCGAAGCAGAGAAAACAAGGGUAGAGGCAAAAGUUGGGGAAAGGGUGAGAGGCAGAGGGGGAGAUGGAGCCAGGAGGCCUGCAGGGUCUAACCCCUCAGUCAGGAGGUCACGCUCUCCUCCCCAGAAAACCUCCCCUGUUUGUCGUACUCCACCAAGGCAGUAUCAGGAACCCCGAUCCAGAAGAGCUUCUCCUCCUCCAGCCUGGUCAGACCGGGAGAGAGAGAGGCAGCGAGACAGAGAGAAGGAGAGAGAGAGAGACAGAGAGAAGGAGAGAGAGAGGGAUAGGGAGAAGGACAGAACACGUGAGCGGGAUGCCAAAAGGAGCAGAUCCAGGUCUAGAAGCCCAAGAAGGCGCAGCAGGUCCAGGUCAAGAAACCCAAGGAGACGAAGUCCCCUCAGCAGGUUCCAUCGCUCUCCCUCUCCACAGCGGCGAAGAAGGAGCAGUCGCUCCCUCUCCCGAGACAGAAAGAGAGAAAGGGAACAUGAGAGGCCCCGGCACAGGGAGGUAGAACAUGAGAGACAAAGGGAAAAGGUGCAUCUGCACCCAAAAGAUGUUCCCCAACCCAGCAGGUCCUCCUCCUCGUCAUCGUCCUCCAGUUCCUCCUCUUCCUCUUCAUCCUCACCUUCACCGCUGUCAGAGAGGAACGACACAAAAGCACUACCAGAGAAAGACAGGAGAACAGACCGAGGGGACAGAGAUCAGAAAAGUCAUUCCUCUUCUUCACAGGGUGCUUUGAGAGACUCAUCCCAUGCUCCACCUUUAGGUAGAACAGGCUCUCAGUCAGACCCCAGUCGUGCUGAUGUGAGCUCCAGAAGGGCUCCAGCUGGCAGCCAACCAGACACCAAACGAGGCCCGAGCAGAAAGCAGACACCACCAGCAGCCCCUCAGCUGCCUGACCAAACAGUCAGAAAUGAGAGCACUGUAAAUGGGAAGGAUGUAAAUGCAAAUAAGAAAGCCAACAGGAGCAGCAGCUCCAGCUCCUCUUCCUCCUCUUCAUCUUCUUCUUCUGCCUCCUCUUCAUCCUCCUCUUCGGACGGUUCUGACUCUGAGGUGGAGCAAGAAAAGAAGAAGACAGGCCAAGCUCAAAGCUCUCCUUCGUCCUCCUCAUCUAACACAGAAAAGGAAACAAAAAGAAGGAGCCCUGCGAGGCUUCAGAGGCCACCAGCUGAUUCACUGAGAGAUUCUCGUUCACUCAGUUAUUCUCCACCAAGAUACAUGAGAGCACUGACAUCCUCAUCUAGCCACAGGAGUGGCAGCAGGCCAUCGCCAAGCCGCUCAUCAAGCAGCAGACAGAGGAAAUGAGCUGACAACUCAAGACGCUUCACUACUUCUGGGUUGUUUCUCUGUUAACCUCCGGCUGGUUUGAACUGGGCUACAAUAUGGACUUCAAAGUCAGUGGUCAGUAGAUACUCAUCUGGAAUUGUCAGGGGACUCGCUUUGGUUCUGAGCCACCACACAGUAAUCCCCAAUGUGUUUGUUUUUUAAGCAGCGAUGACCUGAGGCUGGCUUGUACAUUUCUUUUUAAGAGCCGAGUAAGCACCAUACACAUUGAUACAGUUAAGUACAACAUAACUAAUAGCAAUGUCCCUCGGUACUUGUACUGUUUGUUGAGUUCUACCUGUAGAUAUGAUCUGUCUGUAUUUUGUUUACUAUGUAACAGAUAUGUGAUUUCCAUUUAAUGUGCGCAGUAACUGAAACCUGAUUAAUUUCUGGAAAUGGUUAAUAAUAAUAAAAGGCAAUUGUGCAUUUUA